AUGGCUCUCAGCUUCUUCAGCGGUGGCGGAAGCGCCAGCAGCGCCAAGUACUUCGACAUUAGAUUGAAUGACGAAUACAUCGUGUUUCGUGGUGGUGAACAUGAGGCCGCCAGCGCGCAUCUGCGGGGAACUCUGAUUCUCUGCUUAUCGGAGCCACUUACUAUCAAACACCUUCGACUCCAUCUGACAGGAAUGUCGCGUAUAUGCUGGCACCUUCCGUCGACUUCAAGUGGUGGCCGCAAGCCCGUGCGCGAACGCGUGUUUUACGAGAAGACGUGGAAAUUCCGGGAUCCGGGCAAGGGAAAGACUGAAAUUCUUCCUGCGGGGAACUACGAAUAUCCUUUCGAUGUGGUGCUGGAGGGCUCUAUGCCCGAGAGCGUGGAAGGCCUUGCGGACACAUGGGUGAUGUACCGUUUCAAGGCCGAGAUCGGGCGCAAAUACGUCAAGGACAUUGUGGCGCGUAAGCCGCUCAGAAUCAUUCGCACGCUGGAUCCCAGUGCGCUGGAGUUAUCGCACGCAAUGUCGGUGGACAACAUUUGGCCCAACAAGAUCGAAUAUUCCAUUAGUACUCCGACGAAGGCCAUUGUGUUCGGGACUGCAAUCACCGUCGAUUUCACAUUGAUACCCCUGCUUAAGGGUCUGCGGAUCGGACAAAUUACGUCACAGUUGAUCGAAAGCCACGACCUGACUAUGAACCCCGAAGAUCCUGACUCUCUGCGCAAUACAUACAAACAUUCAAGGACGAUCUUGACCGAUGAGCAUGAGCUGGAUGAGGACAAUAUCCAGGUUAUCGACGAAACGGCGGAGGGAUACCAAUGCACGCGCGUUCUAGACAUGCCCCAGACAUUGACCCGGUGUCUGCAAGACGCGGAUACCAGGGGAAUCAAAAUCCGCCACAAGCUGAAGUUCCGCGUUCAGUUGCACAAUCCCGAUGGCCACAUCAGUGAGCUUCGCGCUACGCUCCCAGUGUCCAUCUUCAUCUCGCCUCAUCUCGCCAUCGACGAUAACAACAAUCUCAUCGCGCAAACCCCGCAAACUACACGGAUGGCCGUCGAGGACUUCGCGCACCAGGCACCUCCUCUUUACGGCGAGCAUCUGGUAGAUCAAUUGUACAGCGAUGUGGACCCCAGCGGUUAUCGCACACCAGGCCCCGGUAGUGGUCCUGGCACCCCAUUCACUCCGCUCAGUCGAAACUUGUCAGCUGAGAAUCUCGCCUCAAUGAAUGCGCUAACCAACACCAACAUCUCGGCAUCGGCGCUGCAUCGCCGCCUGACCAGCUUGAACCAGAACUCGGGCAAUCAUGUCACCUUUGGCACAAUUACCCCAGGCGAGCCUGCUCACGGAGCCCAAUCUCCCCCCGACGGCCAUAACAAUACUCGGCAACUGGGCGUCCCCAAUGAUUACUUUAGCCCACCUUCCGGAUCGAACUCACACAGCCACGGCAGCCCGGAACUCUCCCGUCGUCCCUCCGACGAAGUGGACCACGAUGCCUUCCCAUCCGGCAUGGCCACUCCCUUCCACCCCCAGUACGCCGAGGUGGAGACCCUUAGUCGGGUUCCUAGCUACUCGACGGCAGUGCGCUGCGCCGUGCGUCCCCACGACGCUGGUCUUCCCGAUUACACGGCCGCGAUAUCUAGUAGUCUCCCCCAUUAUGACCGCGCCACAGUCGCCUCAGCAGGCUUAUAUGCGCAGUGGCCGUUCCAGCGGGGUUACGACUCCCCUAGAGGUGCCGAAUCACCCCAUCUAUUUCCACUCCGGCACCAAUGCUGA